UACUGGAUGGACGUUAUGGGACAGACUCAGACUACUCCUCUAAGUAUUAUGAUUAAUCACUUUAAGGAUGUGAGGGGAAGAGCUAACAACCUCAGCGUGGAAGUCCGAAAGGGUCGAUGGCAUGUUUUUUGUUCUAGCGAGUGGCCAACUUUCAAUGUCGGAUGGCCACCAGAGGGGACCUUCGACCUCCCUACCAUCCACCGAGUCAGGAGUAUCAUCUCUCAGCCUAAGAUGGGCCAUCUUGAUCAGCUCCCUUACAUUAUCACUUGGCAGGACCUUGUAGAAGACCCAGCCUCUUGGCUUAAGCCUUUCCUAGCCCCACUCCCUCUGGAGCCAAAACCCAUUCUUGCUUUGCAGGGGACAAAGAAGAAGAAAAGUCUUACCCAGCCUUCAGCACCCCUCUACCCUGUCCUACAAGGGGGGACUGAAGAAGAAUUAAUUUUUCCUCCCCCGUAUAACCCCUCUAGGAUGCCGGAAGAACACCAUCCUCCCCGUCCGGGGGAGGCAGAUGCUGUUCCGAGAGCGGGAGGCAGAAACGCUCCAGUGGGAAGCCCACCCUUUACCAGACAAAGGGCUCAGAGGGAGCAAUCCGCCUCCGCCGCCGACUCCACUGUUCUGCCCCUCCCACGUGGGACGAUUGCCAGAAGCUUUUGCAGGUCCUGUUCACGACUGAAGAAAGAGAAAGAAUCCUCAAUGGGGCCCGAAAACUAGUUCCAGGAGCAGACGGGAAUCCCACCACCAACCAGGCUCAGAUAGAUGCCUCCUUCCCCUUAACUCGGCCCCAGUGGGAUUUCAACAUGGCAGAAGGUAAGGAGAGGCUCCGGGUCUACCGCCAGACUCUACUGGGGGGGGUCUCUGAACGGCUGCUAGAAAGCCAACCAAUUUGGCCAAGGUAGGAAAUGUACAACAGGGAA